CAGAAGUCACUAGGACCUCUUCAGUCACACCAAUGCCCUUUCAGAGACAGCCUCGCGCGCUGGAAAACCUUUCUCUCCCCUACAGCUAGCUGUGUUGCCUUCUCACCUGCCUCGACUGAGGCUUUUACAUCACUUCUCAGACAUCCCCGGAGGAUGUACGCAGUGUGCUGACAGUGCUCAACACCGCGGAGGCAGAGUUCACUUCUUAGAUAUCAACAGACUUGUAGAUAUUCAGGCAUUGGCUCCAUUCAGAUUGAAAUUAUGGCCGAAGUGUGUAGUCUGAGAUUGUGGAAAGGAGUUGCGAUGGCCAUGUUGGCAUUACAUCUGUCCAGUAUCACCGGUGAAGGUCUCACGGCCGCUGGAUCCAACCCCUACCUCAGCUGUGUUGACUUGGCGGCGCACCCCGGGCAGACCGUGGUCCUGGUCUGUCCGACUGGCGAUCGUUUUCAAGUCUUUCCGUCGCAACGGGCGUUAGCGGCCAAGGCAAAAGUCAGAGUUAGGUCGGCGAUCGACAAGCGGAGUUUUCUGUAUCGCAUCGACCAGUUCAGCGUACAAUCAGAAGGCAUGUACUACUGCGGCGUGCAGUCGAGCGAAGAAGGUGGUGGCAUCGGUGUCAUUGCUGUCUUCAAUCUCACCUUAUCUGAAACGCCUGUACUCCAGGAAGGCAGCACCACUCCCUCUCAGUACCAGCCGUACGUUCAAAUCGGACUUGGCUUGCUGAGCUGUGCACUACUCUGUGUUGUGAUCCGCCUCAUCCACCUCCAUAGAAUGAUCACCAGGCGAAUGCCCAAGUCGCAGCGCAGUAACUUCAAGAUCGACGUUCCACAACAGUAUUCAGCUAGUGUUGAAGCGGCUGCAGCUACUGGAACCCGACCUGCAGAUCGAUCGCAGAGCGUGAGCACGAUCCUCACUAAUCUUCAGUGCAGUAUUAGCUUGGCCGAGUCGAAUCCCUGCUUCGAUGUGUCAUCUCCGGCCGAGUCCAGUACCAGUCGACGAUCUUCCGCUGAGAGUUUGCCCAUCACUUCGACUGAUCCUACUAAGUAUGCUUAUGCCAUCAGAAAAGUGCACGACGUCCUCAACUCCCAACCGUAUUGCCAACCUGUGGCCGUGUGUAACUUGCCAGCCACUACCCCCGACCAGCUGCAGCCGCAGGAGCCGCAGGAGCCGUGCAGCACCGAGAAUGAACCAUCAGCUCAGCGCCCGGACUCCAGCAGGCUUGAUCUUCAGUGCAGUGUUAGCUUGGAAUCGAAUCCUGGCGAUGUGUCAUCUCCGGCUGAGUCAAACAGCAGUCGACGAUCUUCCGUUGGGAGUCUUCCCGUCAGUCCGACCGAUCCCACUAAAUACGCAUACGCCAUCAGAAAAGUGCACGACGUCCUCAACUCCCAACCAUAUUGCCAACCAGUAGCCGUGUGUAACUUGCCAGCCACUACACCCGAUCAUCAGCAGCCGCAGGACCCGCGCAACACGGAGAAGGAACCGGAUGCCCAGUGCCCGGGCUCCAGUACUCUAGAUGUUCAGUGCGGCAUUAGCUUGGAGGUAAAUCCCUGCGAUGUGUCAUCUCCGGCUGAGUCCAACAACACUCGACGAUCUUCCGAUGAGAGUCUGCCAGUCGCUUCGACCGCUCCUACCAAGUAUGCAUAUGCCAUUAGCAAAGUGCACGACGUCCUCGACUCCGAACUGUAUUGCCAUCCAGUAACCGUGUGUAACUUGCCAGAGACAGUGCCCGACCAGCAGCAACGACAGGAGCCGUGCAGCACGGAGAACGAACCAUCAGUUCAGCGCCCACACUCCUGUAGUCCGUCUGCCGACAAGCGCAACUGUAUCCGGCCGCCAGCUGUGAUGCCAAAGACGCCGACAACCCACUAUCAGUCCUCACCAAUCUCACCGGUACACGUUGAUCAGGUUCCGUAGUGCCGAUCUUCUACAUGAUUCUGCUUCAAGCAUUGGUAUUGUUCAGCAUCUGAGCACGCUGCGAGCGUUACAAGCACAGUGUGGUGUGUCCGCCAAGGAUUGCCAUACCAUAGGGUACAUAACACUGCCUCAAUCCGGUGGCAUUAUAUACCCGGCGUGGCCUUUACAUUUUAUUAAAAUAGAGCUUGGUUUGGGCCUUGGCGUCCUCUUCGGCAACAAUGAAGCGGAUCCUGACACAGUGAUAGUAGUAAUUUUGUUGUUAACAGUACUCAUUGGCGUUGCGGUACGCUGCGAGUACAGGGCUGAGACGAACACACGAAGCACUCUAUUUUUAGCUAACGUGAUGUGCAAUGUGCUUUCAUGGAUUAGGAGUUCGGUUCUAGUACAGUACAACCUGUAACUAACGACCACCCAUUGGGGCCAGAGAAAGUGGUCUGUACUCUGUAGUACCAGGCUGGUCGCUAGUCACGGUGGUCGCUAGUCACGGUGGUCGCUAGUUACAGGUUUUACUGCAUACUGCUAAUGUUCUAAGACUCAAGUAAGAGUGUCAUUGUCAAUUUGUCAUGAUGAUGUCCUGAUGAUGUAGAGUUGUCAAGAGAGCACAUAAGCAUUGUAUAGAAUACUAUUACUUUUUUUCUUUCUUUUUUUCUAGAGUCAUGACUAAGUAACAGUUGACCUAUUGCAGAGUACAAUCAUCACGUUCCCCUUUCGAUAUGAUAUACACGUACUUAUAGGGCUUCAAUUUCCCACUUGCUGGAAUACCGGCGAUAGUAUUGAAACCAGAAUAUUCUCUGACAUCGUGACCCAACUUCAUCGAUAAUGCUAGUGGUGUCAUGCAGUGUAGGAAGUUAGUUUAUUUCAAAGGAUCUUGCUUUCAAUAGCUUCAAAUCUAAGUUCUUACCUAAUGAAUGACUACUUUUGAGAUCAAUUAUAACUACAUGUACUGUCGGUACUUCGAGUACUACAGUACAUUGUAGCUCAACAAAUCUACAGUGCGCAAACCAAAAGCCUUCCAACUAAGUUUCAUUAAAUUUAAAAGCAGUUUUAAAGCACUUUCGCUUG